AUGCAACUGAGAACUCCUGCUCCACAAACUCAUUUCUAUUUGUCAUCACCUCCUGCUCUUUACUCUGCUUUCUCCUUUCUUUCUUCUCCUACUCCUUCUCCUCACACUGAUUACUCUUUGUCACUUCCUGUUUCUACUACCUUUUGUCUCUACUUCCUAUUCCUUCUCCAUACAACUGUCUUUUCCUCUGGUCUCUCUUUUGCUACUGUUUACAUCUUAGCUGAUUUCUCCUUGUCACCCUACUCUUCUCACCCUGUCUUCUCCUUGCCAGCAAUUCCCUUUUGCUCAUUGCAUUCUCCCUUUACCUCUGCCUACUCCUCUUCCUUGCACCAAUUUUCCCUUUCUCUCUUUCCCUCUGCUUACUUGUUCUCCUCUGAUAAUGCCUCCUUCUCUGGUUUUUCUUUACCUCUGCCUACUCUAACUCUCAUCUCCCUGGUUUCUCCUUGCUUCUACUUACUUUUUCUCCUUGUCACUGCCUCCUCCUCAUCACCCUCAUUAAAUUUCACCUCUGGUUAUUCUUUUUUCUUUCUCUCUUCACUUAUGCCUACUCCUCCCUCUAGUUUCUCUUCACCUAUGCCUACUCCUACUCCUUUCUCUUCACCUAUGCCUACUCCUCCUCACUCUGGUUUCUCUUCACCUAUGCCUACUCCUCCUCAUUCUGGUUUCUCUUCACCUAUGCCUACUCCUCCUCACUCUGGUUUCUCUUCACCUAUGCCUACUCCUCCUCACUCUGGUUUCUCUUCACCUAUGCCUACUGCCUACUCCUUCUCCUUACCACUGCCUCCUUCUCUUCACUUUGUUCUUUGUUCUCUUCUUUCCUUUUUCCUUUUCUCCUUUCUUCUCCCCAUCCUUUUUCUUUCUUUUCUUCUCCCUUCUUUUCUUUUUCACCUUCUUUCUUUAUUUCCUUACUUCUUUCCUUUCUUUAAUCUCACCUUUCUUUCUUUUCUUGCUCUCCUUUCUUCUUUAAUUUUGCCUUUCUUUCCUUCUUUCUUUUAA